GUUCCCGCCGCUCCCGGCGGGCUGCUCCUUUUGACGUCAGAGCUCAGCGACGCGGCCGGUUCCUCACCGCCCGCUCGGCGCCGCCAUGUUCAAGGUAAUUCGGCAGGGAGCCAUCCCUGUUAGCCUGAGCUUGCUCUCUAUCCAGGUUUAUGCUUCCUCUUCAGAGAAGGAGACUGCCAAAAAGGAGUUACUGAAAAUUGAGGAGCUGUCACUCUACUCCUCUCCAGCUCGUGAGACUAAAUAUGUGGAGACUCCACAAACCCAAUUGGAAGAGGGAGUCUCGCAUUUACGGCGUGUUAUGGAGCCAUACACAGCCUGGUGUCAGGAUCUUUAUACCAAAGCUAUGCCCACAUUAGAAAAAACUAUUGAGCAUGGCAGAGAGGGCUAUGAAUUUCUCCAAAACCCCCCUGCUGGAUUUUAUCCAAGGCUUGGUGUGAUAGGUUUUGCUGGAAUUGUUGGGUUGUUUCUUGCUAGAGGCUCAAAAAUAAAGAAGUUGGUGUAUCCUGCAAGUCUGAUGGCUAUUGGUGCCUCCAUGUAUUACCCUCAGCAAGCUGUUGCUAUUGGAAAGGUUGCUGGCACACAGCUGUAUGAUUGGAGCCUUCAGGGAUAUAUUGCAGUGGAAUCUCUUUGGAAGGAUUAUCCCAAGAAGAAGAAAUCUGGUGAAAAAACUAAUAAGGGUGAUGCAGAUGGUGACAAGCACCUGGAUAUCCAUGCUGCUUCAAAUGAAGAGCAGGCUCGGAAGUAGAACACCACGUCAUUGGCACUGAACAGGUGAAUUAAAAAAUCUAGAUAUGAGCAACAUUUUCCCAAGAAAAAGAGGAAAUCCAGCUGAAUCCAUUUUGGUUUUGAAUGUAACUGAUCUGCCUUUUGCCUCAGGAAAGACUGAUGGUGUGCUGCUUGGCCUUUUGCUAUGGUGUCUGUGAAAGGACAGUACAUAUUUUGGGUCAGUCUUGAGAUCUUGUCCUCAGUUCUGCAGUGGGACUCUGUUUAAAAGUCUGCUGCUGCUUGUCUCAUUGUAGGAUCAGCAUUGCAAGUAGCAAACCUCUGAAUCCCUCAGCCUCUUCUUAUUAUUUAUAUACAAAAUAAAACUCCAGAUACACAAAA